ACAAAAAUGACUCACAUCUCAACUACGAAUUCGGAUCGUUAAACAAUAUACAAAAAUACAAGUUUGUGUACAAUUAAUUAAAGAGAAUCACCCCCACGACAUUCACAACAAUGGGCUUGUUCGGCAAAACUCCCAGCAAAGAUCCGAAAGAACAGGUGCAAGAGUGGACGCACAAGAUUCGAAAGGAGGGUAACCAGCUUGAUAGACAAAUACGCAGCAUACAACGGGAGGAGGAGAAAGUUAAGAGAUCGCUUAAACAGGCGGCUCAGAAAAGUGAUCGCGACACCUGCGUCAUUCUAGCCAAGGAGAUAGUUAAUGCCCGCAAGGCCGUCAAUCGCAUUUACACGACUAAGGCGCACCUCAAUUCCGUACAGAUGCAAAUGAAGAAUCAGUUGUCUACCUUGCGUGUGGCUGGAUCACUGCAAAAGUCCACAGAGGUAAUGCAGGCCAUGCAGAAUCUUGUUAGAUAUCCAGAAUUGGCGGGCAUAAUGCGGGAUAUGUCCAAGGAAAUGAUGAAGGCGGGUAUAAUCGAAGAGAUGUUGGACGAGACAAUGGAUUCGAUUGAGGAGACCGAGGAAUUGGAAGAGGAGGCUGCCAAGGAGGUGGACAAAGUGUUAUGGGAAAUUACGGACGGCAAGUUGGGAGAGGCUCCAUUGCCACCAGAGGCUACACCAGCAACUGCAUCCACAUUGACACCGGCGCGCGUUCCAGUUGCCGAGGCUGUGGCUGACGACGAUGAUGAGGAUGAAGGAGAGGAUCUCAAGGAGAUGCAAAGUCGACUGGCCUCAUUGCGCUCAUAAGUAUCAUGGGAUCAAAUGGGUGACCCAGUUGUGAAAAGUAAAUUUAGGCAUGUGAUUGUAUUCGUAGCACCUAGACCACCCACACCUUUUUCAUCAGUUGAAAAUUCCCAAAAUUCUAAAGCCACCCACACACUCUGCCCUCGAUAAUUACAAAAAAAAACCAAAAUGAUCGUCAAAAAUCGAAUUGGUUCACUUUUCCGCUA